UUUAUCAUAUUACAUUAUGGCAUCCGACACUCCUCUUGAAGUACAAUUUGCUGAGCUUCUAGAGGCAAAGCAAAUGCACCAAAACUCACGCCCCAAAAUCCAAAAGGUUGCAGAGUCUAUCCGAAAUAGAAAAAAUUUUGACAAGUAUUUUUACUCACCCAGGUUUGUGUCAAUAGGUCCCAUCCAUCAUGACAAUCCAAAUCUCAAGUUAGGAGAGAACUAUAAGCUUAGCUGGGCAGCAAAAUACAUCCAAAGCACCCAACAAAGUCCAGAAUUCCUACACAAAAAGAUUGCCGGUAACAUUGAUGAACUCAAGGGUCUUUAUGCUGACGAUGUUUUAGCGGAGUCUCUGAAAGGCUCCCGCAGCCUUGACAAAAAGCUGUCAUGGCUGUUAUUCGUGGAUGGAUGUUCUUUGCUGUAUAUUUUGGAGAAUCUGAGGCUUUAUCAACAUGAUAAACCAAAAGGCGGGAAUACUCAUGAUGAUCAAAUCGGUGAACGGGAACAUGUGAGUAUUAAGGUUGAUAAUGAAGCGGAAAGUCAUCUGAAUAUUAAGGUUGAUCAACUUGUUCUUGUGAUGAUGGAUGUGCUUUUGUUGGAGAAUCAGCUUCCUUAUCUAGUACUGAAGCUGUUGUGGAGAAAUGACAACCAGAAUGAAUUGAUAGUUACUAUGAAGAAUUAUCUCAAAAAUUAUCAUUGGGCCACACCAGAAAAGAAGACCUGGGCAGGCAUUAAAGAGAGAUUACCUAGCCCAGACAAUGAAGAGACGAAUGAGGCACCAACUCAUCUUCUUGAUCUUCAGCGUAAAAUGAUCCUCAAGAUUGAAGACAAAAAUGAAGCUGACGAGAUGGAGAAGAAACAAAGUGGAAUAAAUUCAGAAGCACUUACUACAUACAGGAACAUACAAGAUCUAAAAACAGUAGGAAUAAAACUUAUAUCAAGCAGGACACGAAGUCCAACAGACGUAGAUUUCUUGGAGAGUUGGUUUGGUGCGAAACUGACUCUUCCUGAGAUUAUUGUGGACGAUACAACAGAGGUUUCUUUCCUGAACCUUAUAGCGUAUGAGAUGUGUCCCGAUUUUAAGACCGACUACGGGAUAUGUUCAUAUGUGGUUUUCAUGGACUCGCUGAUUGACCAUCCUGAAGAUGUGAAGGAGUUGAGAUCAAAAGGUAUUUUGCUGAAUUCACUUGGGAGUGAUGAGGAAGUUACUGCUCUUUUCAACGUCAUAGGUGCUGACUUGGUACUUAACCCAGAAACAUAUUAUGAAAUUAAAGAUAAAAUGCACAAGCAUUACCAUCGUAAAUGUAAUAUUUGGAUAAUUCAGAGUUAUCACACUUGGUUUAUCACUGGUUUCGUCACUGCAUUUAUGGCACUUGCUCUCACUUGCGUUCAAACAUGGUUUUCAAUUUUCCCGCGCGGUGGCUAGUUUAUAAACCAUGCAUUGUUUGUUGUGGAAUUGUCAUCUUGUGUUGAACUUUUCUUUAUCACUUCGUGAGUCUUCACUAUAAGUAUCUCAUAAAUAAAGAGUGCUUUUUGCUUUGUGUGUGUGACUCUUUUGUUUUUGUUUUUUUUUAAAAG